GUAGAAUUUCGUUGAGUGGCGGCAAUGAAGGCAGAAACCGCAAACCGGCAUUUUUAUUCGAAAAAUGUAUACUAUAAAAUCAAAAUGUAAGGAAGAAAAAUGUGGAAUCGCCACAUGUCACUUAUUUAACACACAGGCACACUAGUAAAGUUACAAACUUGCUGCAUUUUAUUGAAGUUUGCUGCAUUUCAUUUUCAAAUUUGAAGUGGUAAAGAAAAAGGGAAGAAGGAUGGCGGCGUGCUUGAGAUCUCUGCUUCUUUUCUCAUGCCUUGCAGCAGCAUUUGUUGCAUUGGCAUUUGGGGAAGAAGCCCUUUUCCCAACUCUGCAGACUUCAGCGGUGGUUGGGAGAGAGAGAGGGAGAUUUCUGGCAGGUGAUGAACAAGUGAACACAACUCUGAUUUUGGCUGAGAAGAGGACUCAGAGGAAAGACCCUCUUGAUGAUUUUCGCAAAUACACAGGAGGCUGGAAUAUCAGUAAUCGCCAUUACUGGGGUUCUGUGGCUUACACUGCUGUUCCCUUCUUCAUUGUUGGCGCAAUCUGGUUUGUCGUCUUCGGGGUAUGCUUGAUCAUCACAUGCCUCUACUUCUGCUGCUGCCGAAAGGCGCCUUAUGGCUAUUCUCGAGUCGCCUAUGCCCUCUCUCUCAUUCUCCUCACCUUCUUCACCAUUUCUGCAAUCAUUGGAUGCAUCAUCUUGUACACUGGCCAAGGGAAAUUCCACUCCAGCACUAUCAACACUUUGGAAUACGUCGUCUAUCAGGCCGACACCACAUCCGAGAGUCUUAAAAAUGUCUCGGGAUAUCUGGCUGCCGCCAAGCAAAUCAACGUGGAUCAAGUGAGUCUGCCGCCUAAUGUCAUAGGCGACAUCGACAGCAUCCAAACCAAGAUAAACUCAUCGGCCAGCACCCUCUCGACUAAAACCGAGGACAAUUCACAGAAGAUCAAGGAUCUCAUUCAAUCUGUGAGAUUGGCUCUCAUCAUACUCUCCGCAGUUAUGCUUCUUCUUACGUUUCUUGGAUUCGUGUUUUCAAUCUUCGGAAUGCAGGUUCUUGUUUACAUAUUAGUGGUCACGGGAUGGAUUCUUGUGACCGGGACGUUCAUACUAUGCGGGAUCUUUCUUCUUCUGCACAACGUGACAGGGGAUACGUGCGUAGCAAUGAACGAGUGGGUCCAGAACCCGACUGCUCAUACAGCUCUCGACGACAUCCUUCCUUGCGUGGACAACGCUACCGCCCAAGAGACCUUGACCAAGAGCAAGGAAGUAUCAUCACAGCUCGUCACGUUGAUGAACACGGUCAUCUCCAACAUCUCCAACGCCAACAACGUCCCCAGCUUCCUCCCGCUCUACUUCAACCAAUCAGGCCCUCCCGUGCCAAACGUGUGCAAUCCGUUCAAUCCCGACCUCACCAGCCGUGCUUGUGCACCCGGUGAGACCAACCUCAGCAAUGCCACUGAGGUGUUAGGUGGCUAUGUCUGCCAAACAUCGUCGAACGGGAUCUGCACGACACAGGGCCGUCUGACGCCGGCCAUGUACACGCAGAUGGCUGCUAGUGUGAAUGUGAGCUAUGGCUUGUUUAAGUAUGGUCCUUUCUUGGCUACUGUUCAAGACUGUAGUUUUGUGAGGGAUACGUUCUCGGCCAUAGAGGCCGAUCACUGUCCCGGGUUGCGUAGGUAUAGCAAGUGGAUCUAUGUCGGGCUCGUGAUGGUUGCCCUCGCAGUCAUGCUGUCUCUGCUGUUUUGGGUCAUAUACGGACGGGAGAGGCGCCACCGUGUUUAUACGAAGGCGCACACGCCUCCGGGAGCACCGGGUUUCGAUGAAGACAAGCAUGCUUAGGUUUUGAGGAGCAAUGCAUUGGUGCUUCAAUUGAUGAUUUUGGCUUCAUUUGUAGCAUAACUUGUGAUGUACUAUUAUUGUAUGUGGUGUUUGCAUUGUUGUCUUAGGUGUAGAUAUAUAUCUUUAUUACUAGUUUUUUUU